ACGGACACCGUACAUUCGCGGAAGUUGUCAAAACGUAACUCAGUCAAAAACAUGUUGGGAGAGUUGCAUAGAUAAAACCACAGGAAAGGAGCAGUUACAUUAACUGGUGCUAUUUCUCUUUGUUCCAGGACUUUUGACAUGGACGAUGAAUGGGAAGAGGAGGAGCAGCUUGUUGUGGUGGAGCUUUCUGGUAUAAUCAACAAUGACUUUCUGUCAAAGUGUCGGGGAACCUGCAAGAUACUGGAUAUUGAUAGUGAGAAGCCCAUGAUGCAGGUUGGACAGUAUGUGUUUGCAGGAGAAUAUGAAGAUACUUUGGGAACUUGCGUGCUGUUUGAGGAGGGACCAAAGAAAGGAGGAGAAGGCAGUGAUCCAGAGCUGAAGUACACGUGCCACACCACGAAGAAACUGAUGAUGCAACGAAUCUUCCUCACAGAAAAGAAAGAGGGUGAAACUAGCACAGCAGGAAGUGAUGAUACUGGUGAGCAGAACGACGCAACCUGUCAGUCCAAUCAGGAAGAAAAUGCAGACCAACAGGUGGAGUCAGAAGAAGACAUGGACAACACAGAUUUGGAUGACUCAGCAGUGAGCUGAUAUAUGAAGGCUUUUCUCUGUUUUGAACUAGCAUUUGUGAUGCUUUGAGAGACUCCAUGUGUGAAACAUUUCCAGAAACAUAUAAUGCCUCUUCUUCACUGAGCCGUAAUUCAUGGAAUUUAACAUUUGAAACACAUGAAUAAGGAGAAAUGACGCCUAAAGGCCAAAAAGGCAUUUACAAAUCCUCAUCAAAAUCUAUUCCUCUCAGAUCCAGAUGUUCUUGGGAAGGGCAGUUCCAGAAAUAUGCUGGAUGCCCUCAGUUUAACUGGAAGGAAGUCCUGUCAUUGUGUUUCUCUGAAUUUUUUCGUGUGUUUUUUGUUCCCACUGCUUAUGAUGAAUAGUUAGCUAAGAGAGGAAUAUAAAUCUGCUUGAUCUGCAAGGUUACAGUAGAGAUGUGCUCUUUAGAGAAUGAGCCAUUUAUACAUGUAAAGAAAAGAUAAAAUAUGUCUUUAAAAAGGCGCAGUCUGUAUGUUUCUGGUUUAGAGCAGCUGAUGAGUUGGUUUUUCUCUGUACUUCUAUGACUACUAGUGUAUAGUAAUGAAGCAAAAACAAAUAUUAUUUAUUUGUUUAUUAAAUAAAUUUGUCUCAAUGAAAAUGUCUUUAUUAAAAGAGAAAGAUCUGAGUGUGA